AUGUUUUCACUAUGUUACCGCUAUUGUAAUGCAGUUAAUGCUAUUUUACGGUUUGAUACUCUUGGCCUUUUGAAUCCAGAAAGUAUUGUGCUGCAGCUCAUUGUUGAUCAUAAUCUUGUAAUCCCUUUGAAGUUGACUCAUUCACUGGCAAUGGACGAAUUGCAACCAUCUACAAGUACUGAACGACCUGACAGUAGAUCAGUAAGAGAUCUUGUAAAACGUUUGUCCGAAGCCGUGAAUGCAGUAAAGAAACCGCUCCAAAAAAUGACUGAGCUAAAUGUCACUUAUCAAACAGUUAUGCGAGGAGUUAGUAGCACUCAGGCUUUUCUCAGAGAAAAAAUGAUGGAGAUGAAUCGUGAGCAAAUUGAUGAAGUAUUUGAUCAGUUAGAAAGUGAAUUGCGUAUGGCACAACAUCUAGCAUUUUGGAAAGCACGAAUUAUGUAUGAUGUAAAUAUAGAACUUCGGAAUUUGAUUGGUUCACAGGACAAAUCAGAACAAAAAAAAAAUGAACCUGAUGUGCCAGUAAAAGAAUCUCAAACGAAACAUCAGGCUCCAGUAACAAAGGAAAAUCCACGACGAGUGGAAAGAGAAACCAGGUCGCAGUCAAUUCUGAAAGCGAAAUCGAAGGAUGCGCCGUCUUCCCCGUUAUUACCAGAACAGACUACUUCUGGACGUCGAAAGAAAGUGAAGGCGACAGAGACAAAUGAAGGGCGAGCAUCACAAAAGAAGCGUGGAGCAGGAAGACCACGUUUGCCGAGAAAAACUCGCCAAUCAAACUCUGCUGCAGUAGGGACAGAAGCCAAAAAUAAAGAAGAUCUUGAAAUAUACUGCUUAUGUCGGCAGGCCUCAUUUGGUGAUAUGAUUCUCUGUGACAACAAACUAUGUAAAGAAUGGUUUCAUUUUCCUUGCGUUCAAAUAAGACAAAAACCAAGAGGUAGAUGUGUUGUCAUUUCGAUCGCAGGAGAGCAGAUUUGUACUGUUAUGUUAGCAAAGGAUUUUGUUGGUGACGUUCGUGUAAAAACCAAAACAGGUGAGACAUUCAUAGUAGCUUCUCAGCGCGCCGAUGGCACCUGGAGAAAGGCAAGAAAAGUAAAGGAUGGUUAUAUACCACAAGAAGAACAACCGAAGUUUGAAUCUCGUGGUCAACAAAUGAACAGCAAGACCGUAUACCCUGCUGGUUGGUCACCCAGCGAGGAAUUGAAAGAGCCAACUCAAAAACUUCCAACUGCAGCGGCAUUAAAACCAAACGCUCCAAUUACUCCUAUCGAACACAUCAGUAAGAGGAUCAGCAAUUUAAACAGAAAAUUACGAGAUAUAGAGAUUUUACAAAACAAAAUUGAAAGUAAAGAACUGGAAAAUCCGGAAAAGACGCAACUGGAAAAAAUUGCUCGAAAAGAUGCCAUUUUAAAAGAGAUUGACCGGCUUACGAUCGAAAUGGAUAAGUUACGAUUGCUUCUCUGA